UUUCCCAACAGGACUCCUUCCCACUGCUACAGGGAGGCCAGCCGACUGGUGGUGGAUGAAAGACCUACAGGAGAAUGUGGAAGGCCGAGGAAAGCUUAUCAGCCACUUACAAAAGGAGUCACUGACAAUCUGAACUGCCCUCUGAAGAACGAAAUGAAUAAGCUGAACAGCUACAACAUCUCUUCCUCCAUCAAGUGGUACAGAGGUUGUGACCCCAUAGAGGACGGAACAGGCAGCUAUGAGUACUGGGGCACCAGACUGAAAAUUACCAGUGUGGACCUUCAACACAAAGGCACCUAUACCUGUACUCUGACAUUCACCCUGGGUGGCAUCAAAGGGUCUGUGUCAGAGACUAUUAGCGCAGAGGUCAAAGGGGAUUACUCUUUGGUUCCACAAGUGCAUGAACCCUCCAAUGAUGUAAUCAAAGCACAGAGCGGGUACAACUUCAGUAAAAGGUGCCUGGUGUUUGUGCCGGGUGUUGGGAAGCCUUUCGUUGAUAUUUAUUGGUUGGACAAAGAUGGAUUCUUUGAGACUAACACCUCUCACCGUGUCCACAUGUUAGAACAGCGUUUGCUGCCCCAAAAUGGCUCCAGUAAAGGUGCGUGGUUAGAGACCUGGCUGAUAUUUUCUGAGCUAAGGGAGAAGGACUUCUACGUCAACUACACCUGCCGUGCGUACAGUGACAGGGGCUUUCCUGAAAGAUAUUUCAGUCUGCAACCAGCAGAUCCAAGUGGCAUAGCUAUCGGAUCUGUGCUUGGUGGUAUGAUGGUUCUGUUUAUCAUCACCGUCACCCUAUACUACCUUUUUAAGAUUGAAAUAGUGCUGUGGUUCAGGAGAGCAUUUCCAGUCUUCUACAAAAAUAAAGACUUGGAUGGGAAGCUUUACGAUGCCUAUGUGGCAUACCCACAGCCCUGUGACCUCGGAUUCAGCAAGGAUGUGGAAACAUUUGCCCUUCAAACACUGCCUCAUGUGUUGGAAAGGGCCUGUGACUACAAACUCUUCAUAGCAGGCCGUGACUGCCUGCCUGGGCAAGCUAUGGUGGACUCUGUUGAAGAAAACAUACAAGCCAGCCGCCGUGUCCUCCUUCUCUACACUGCUUCCUCUUUUACCACCAAAAGACAUACAAGCAGCACCAGCAGUAAUAAUAACAACAUUUCUAAGAGCGGUGAAUGCGAUGAUGAAAGUCAAAGAAAUGCCAGUGACAGCUUUAGCAUUACAAGCUCUGAUGUUGGUGAUAAAAUCUGUAAAGACACAAGGCAGCAGCUGGAGUGUGUGGCAGCAAUGCACCGAGUGCUGAUCGAGGGCUCCCUCAAGGUGGUUCUGGUUGAGCUGGAGGAGAUCACGCCUGCUCAACUGGCUCUAUUUCCAGAGUCAGUGCGUCAUCUGAGGAAGAAGCAGGGUGCCGUGUGUUGGUGGAAGAACCAGAGGACGAGGGAAAGGUGGAAGACGUGCAUGAGUGGAGCUGAUGCAGAAAAAACUGGAACAGACUCACAGCUGUCAACAUCCCUCUCCCCUUCCUCUAGGUUUUGGAAGGAACUGAGGUAUCACAUGCCUGUCCGGGGCAAGAGGGUAGUGUAUCCUGAAACAAUCGCCUUUCUGUAAUUCUGAUGGCGAUCUGUGUUUGUCAGAUAUUGAACCAGAGAGUACCUGGUUUCUAAUGUAAAUGUGGCAGUUGCAUUUACUCACUCACAGGUAGAUCGUGGGCACUGUUAUCAGAAGCAGUGACACCAAGACCCUGAGUCAAGUUUACAGCACAGGCAACUCCAAAUGUUCUCUCAGCAGAGAUGUCACCUUUAGCUUCUGUGGAACUUUUCAAGUAACACAUUGCAAUGAGUAUAAAAAAAAGUGUAAGAAAUGUGGAAAGUAUUGGCUAAAGAUGACAGCUGGUCAUGGACAGAUCAGUGCAGUGUCGGAAUUGUCCACAGUUUGUAUGUGAACUGCUGACAAUCAGUAACAGAAGGGGCCUGAAAAAUAAUGCAGAUGAAAAUAGCUUGAAUGGUCGUACAGUUAUUUUAUUACCACAAUCCUCAACAUCCCAGCUGACACUGGGCGAUAGGCAUAUCAGGAAAUGUACAUAUGUAUGAUUAAACUUGUAAAUAUGUAGAAAAAAUAUAUAAAUUAACAUGUAAAAACUGUAAAGAGGAACAACCAGAAAAGUAUACAUUCAUGAUGAUUUUUUUAAUUUAUGUAUAUUAUUUGUAAAAACAACAUCAUGAAAUGAGGCUGCAUAAAAAUCUAGGUUAAAAUGUAUGCGCUAACAUUUUUAAUCAAUGAUUUUACUUAUGAUUCUGGGAAAUUGUAAAUACUCUGUUUUCUAUUUGAAUUUUGUUUUAAAGUGUGACUAUUUUGCAAAUAAAA